UGUGCCUCCGAAUCUUUUCUAACCUGCAUUUACCAGCGUAAAGUUGGUAAUCUGAUACCAGAGCAUUUAUCUCACGCAAUCAAAUGUUUAAAAAUAUGGCUUAUCAGAAUCCUGAACUGCGAACUGGUGACCACAGACAGAGGAGUUCUCGUCCACGAAAGGGUUUUAGCUCCCACUUGUAUUGCAGACCCUUAUCAGUGACCGUCUUCUGGGCAACGAAUCUGGCCCGACUCUUAUCUCUAACUUCCCUCUCUAACUACUGUGAUCUGCAGUCAUGACUUCCAAUGCUUUCAGUGGAGCUUUGCCUGAUCUCUACGAGGCUUCAAUCGCAGAACUCCAAGAUGGUCUGGUACAAGGACUGUUCAGCAGCGUUCAGCUUGUAAAAGCCUACCUUAGUAGAAUUGAGGAAGUUAAUCUCAAAGGUCCUGCAUUACAUGCAGUCAUAGAGACCAAUCCGAAAGCCUUAACACAAGCUGCGGCUCUUGACGAUGAACGGAAAGAAAAGGGCAGCCGUGGGCCAUUGCACGGAAUACCAAUAUUGUUGAAAGACAAUAUUGCUACGUUGUACGAAGAAGGAAUGAAUACUACUGCAGGUUCCUACGCACUGCUGGGUUCUGUUGUUCCUCGAGAUGCAUUUGUAACAACAAAAUUACGUGAGGCUGGAGCUAUAUUCAUAGGCAAAACGAAUCUGUCCGAAUGGGCUGGAGCGAGAUCCAUUUCACUUCCUCGUGGAUUCUCAGGGCGUGGGGGGCAGACUCGUUGUCCGUACUAUCCGAACGCUGACCCAUUUGCUUCGAGUUCCGGAAGUGGUGUUGCGAUGGCUGUCGGUCUGGCAGCCGGGUCCCUUGGCACAGAAACUCGUGCCUCUAUCGUAGCCCCAAGUAGUAGGAAUAAUAUUGUGGGUAUCAAGCCCACUGUCGGGCUGGUAUCUCGCUCAGGCGUGGUUCCUUACUCGUCUAAUCAGGAUACUCCUGGCCCGAUGUGUCGCUCUGUCACUGACGCCGCCCUGUUGUUGACCUUCAUCGCUGGGCCUGACCCUCGGGAUGAAGCUACUUUGCGUCAGCCUGGAAUAGUCCCAGACUACAUGAAGGCACUCAACAAAAAUGCCCUUAAGGGCACUCGUCUUGGAGUACCUCGUGCCUUUAUCCGCAAUAUGAAGGCUAUCGAGGAGACGUUCAACUCCUCCCUUGACAUCUUCCGAGCUUUGGGCGCGGAAAUCGUCGACCCCGCAGAUUUUCCGAAUGGAGAGGAACUACUAGCAUCACAAGCAGAGAAGCUGGUGAUGGCAGUGGACUUCAAAUUUGGUAUCAGCAAGUACAUAUCGGAAUUGGUCGAAGCCCCUACAGGCGUCAAGACUCUCGCUGAUCUGAUAGAAUUCAACAAGAUCAAUGCAGACCUAGAACUUCCAGGGCCAUUUUACACAGAUCAGUCUCGAUUUACGGACGCGGAAGGUACACAGGUUGAUGACGCAUACUUUGCAGCACUAGCUCAAAAUUUCGACUUGGGACGCACGAGGGGAAUUGACGCCACCCUGGCCAAGUUUAAUCUUGAUGCCAUAAUUCUACCUACCGAUGUACUGGAGCCCAGACCCACAGCAAUUGCGGGAUAUCCGUUGAUUUCAGUGCCUCUUGGCUUUCAGCCAGAUGGGGUUGAAGUACUGCCUGCGACGCCAUCUCCACUUCACAGUCAAGCUCCGGGAAUUCCUUUUGGAAUCGCUUUUAUGGGAACUGCAUAUAGCGAGUUCAAGCUCAUCAGCUACGCUUAUGCAUUUGAGCAGGCUACCCACGUGAGACUUCAGAGGAAGGCGUACAACGAUGCAAUUCCGAGAACGCAGUUGGCAGGUGUUAUGUGAAGGGAGGGUUGAAAGAAUAAUCAACGCAGAGGUGGAAAUAUCAUCUGUGCAAGUGAUAAGUAGAAAGCGUUUUUAAAGUC